UGGAAAGACUUUAGGUCUUACAGAUAUUUACAGACUCUGGAUCCAUAGCUGUGUCUAUUGGCUCCUCCUCUGUCAUCCUGACGUGAUCCGUAUUUAAGGCAGAAUUGCCACGUUCUUCCUCUUUAAGUUGGUAUCUUUUUCAAGCCUCAUUUCCAAGUGUGAUAGCAAGGGGGGCUGUGAGAAGCACCAGGAAUGAUGAAGCUUUUAAUAGGCUUUGCCUUAUUGGCUAUCAGUGUGGCCCUUCCAAUUGACCAGUUUUCAUUCCCAGGGAAGCCAAACUGGUCUGACUUUGGACUAAGCGAUGACGAACUUUCUGAAAAUCUUGGCGGUUUACCUCUGCUAGAGCCUGUUUUACUGAAGAACCCAGAAGAUAUACUGAAGGGUUUUAAACUUGAACUAGAAAAUAAGGAUGCCGCACCUGCUGCAGAAAGCAGCUCUUCCGAAGAAGAUAAAGAAGAAGAAUCCUCUAGUGAGGAAGCAGACGCUAAGGAAGAAGCCGCCCCCUCUGAAAAGAAAAGCUCCUCCUCCUCUGAAAGUUCCUCCUCCUCCUCUGAAAGCUCCUCCUCAGAAGAACCAGCAGCUGCUGCCCCCACUGAGGAGGCAGCUCCUGCAAAGGAGGCUGAGCCCAAGGAAGAGGUUGACAGCAAAGUGCCCGAGGCAGCUGACAAGCCCAUUGGCGGCCUAGAAAAUUUUAAAAUUCCCUUACUGCCUUCUAAAGACGAACUUGAAAGUCCAUUGAAUAAGUUCUUCAAACUAGAAGCUGGUAAUCGUGAGAAAAAACAUCACAGCAAAAAGAGCCAUUCUGUUUUCGGCAUUCGGAGAUAAAAAAAGAAUACGUGACAGCGUAUGAAAUGAAGCCUGCCCCAGAAGUGACUAUAAUACCUGCUUGACUUUUCCUCUCCUUCCUGCAUUAGUCAUUUAGUCUGCAUCUCUUCAGCAUAAUAAAUCAUUCAGCAACAUUCCUGUACUUGUCUGGGUCACUGGUUUCUAUAAAAGUGUUUUAAACACUCA